AUGCUUCCAACCGGCCUUCGCCACGUUGAGAAGCCAAGUAAACAGCUGCUCCGUAGGCCUUGGUGCUGGCAUCGCCGAAAACAUGCAGACUCCUCGCAACCUCCGUCAACGGAGCUGUGGCACCUGUUAGCUUCUGAGGUAGCCGGAAAUGGACAUGCUGAGCGCGUACUUGAGACGGAGAACACCGGUGGAGGGCCUAUAUAUUACAUGCCUCAUCAUGCUGUCAUACGAAGAGAUCGGGAGACGACUAAAGUACGCAUUGUAUUCGACGCUUCGUCAAAAUCAUCUGGUGCAAUCUCUUUAAAUGAAGCUCUUCACGCUGGACCCAACUUGAACCCGGAUGUUCUAGACUUGCUCCUUCAGUUCAGGGCAUAUCAAAUAGCUCUUACAGCUGACGUCGAAAAAGCAUUUUUACAGAUCGUACUCGAUCCACAGGAUCGCGAUUCUUUGCGCUUUCUUUGGUACGCCACUGCGCCGAAGGCAGACGAGGCUUUGCCUCCUAUUGAGACUUGGAGAAUGAUGCGGGUACCGUUCGGCGCAAAGUCCAGCACGUUUUUGUUGGCCGCCACUAUCCGACAUCAUUUGCAAUCUGUGGUUUCACGAUAUCCUCGAACGGCUUCUCUUCUAUCAAGUCACUUUUAUGUGGAUGACCUGGUUGUCGGCGUGGAUUCCGUUGACGAAGGAAAUAUGCUCUACCGUGAAUCGCGUGACAUCCUUAUUGAACCUGGGAUGAAGCUCGUCAAAUGGACCAGCAACGACAGCACCCUGUGGAAGUUAUUUCAAGCGGAAGGCACUGCUUCAUCAUCCACCACUUCCCUUAAAAAGGUGCUCGGACUCAAUUGGGAUAUCGACUCUGAUGAGAUACAGCUCUCCAUGAAAUCAUUAUCCGAUUUUCUGGAACGUCCGGUUGCCACUAAGCGUUACGUGCUUCAGGCUGUUUCUCGGAUUUUUGAUCCUCUGGGCUACGUGGCGCCGUUCGUCGUUACGGCCAAGAUCCUACUGCAAGGCAUCUGGCUUGCUAAGCUUCAGUGGGACGAUCUCCUUCCUGACAACAUAAGGUCUGUAUGGAGUAAUUGGUGUCAAGAGGUGCCUAGUCUGGCUCGUUUCCGGCUACCUCGGAAGCUAACAGGUGCCACAGCUCCGUUGACGGAGGUUGCGAGGAGUCUGCAUGUUUUCGGCGAUGCCAGCACCAAGGCCUACGGAGCAGCUGUUUACUUGGUUUCUCAACGUGGCGAAGGCCGAUUGGAAGCAUGUCUUUUGCUGGCCAAAACCAGAGUCGCCCCGGUGAAAGCAAUGUCCCUCCCACGCCUCGAGUUGAUGGGCGCCGUUCUAGCCUCACGACUGCUUAAGUUUGUCCAGCAGACGUUAUUCCUUUUAGAUGUGGAAGCCAUCUUGUGGACAGACUCGGAGGUUGCUUUGCAUUGGAUCCACGGAUCUCCCUCGGCGUGGAAACCUUUUGUACGGAACCGCGUUGCGGAGAUUCAAUCUUCUACGCAAACCCACCAAUGGAGACACUGCCCUGGUCUUGACAAUCCUGCCGACCUUUUGACGAGGGGUGUGUCAUGCCGACGCCUUCUGGACACUACGUGUUGGUGGAAUGGCCCGAGUUGGCUGUGCAGUCCUGAAUCCUGGCCGCCAGGUUGGCGCUCUACAGCCAAUGCUCCAGGAGAUGUCUACUCCGAGGCUAAGACCCCCGACGUUCUCGCAGUGAUGACAGUGAUCAACGAGCCCAUCCUGCAAGUACGAAAGUACAGCUCGUUCUCCAGACUGCUCCGGGUUACGUCAUGGGUGCUACGGUUUGUCCACAACAGCAGGAGCCCUUCUCUCAAGGACAGGGGUAUGCCAAGUUCAGAAGAGAUUAAUGCGGCAGAGCACUAUUGGAUUAGAAAUGCUCAACGUGAGGCUUUUGGGUUGCAGCCUACCACCCACACUUCUCUUCGGAACGCCUCCUUGUUUCACGACGACGAAGGGAUCCUCCGCAUGCAAGGACGUCUCCAGUACGGUGUCUUUCCUGAUGCAGUCAAGCAUCCUAUAGUCUUGCCCUCGAACCACCCUAUCACAGCCAUGAUUAUCAGGCACAUUCGCGUGUUUGAAGAAGCACAAACGCUUCUUACGUCGGCUCGCCUACAAAAAGAUUCACAAGAAUCCGCAACGUUUGAAGCGCUAUCUCUCUCAGUAGCGAGGGCAGGGCGUUCUUUCGAGAGUGACAACGUCAAAGGGAAACUCAUACUGCAGGCACGGUAUCGCAUACUCAAGCAGUACGGAUUCGAUCCCUACGACAAUAAAAUCAAGACGUCUGAUGCUACAAAUGACUUUGAUUAUUUGCUCCUUUCUCCAGAGGUUGAUGAAGAGGAAGCGGAAAGGGUCGUCUCAGAAUUUAAUAAGGUUAUUUCCUGUGAUCACAAGGGUUGUGUCUCCGUUUCGGGCAAGCCCAUCAGGCACUCCUCUGUUUACGCACUCGUCAAUUAUUUGUUGCAACGUAAGACGGGGAAGAAACCUUCCUGGUUCCCCAAAGUCUCAAAGCUAUUGCACCUGAUUUCCCUCCCCAAAUCUCGCAAGCGUCAGCAGCAGCAGCAGCAGCAAGACUCAAUUGCGUGGACGCCUUAUGGAGGGAUAUGA